UUUCCAGAGAGACGUCUUGAAGGCGGAACUGUUGUCAAUCAGACGUCUUGAAGGCGGAACUGUUGUCAAUCAGACGUCUUGAAGGCGGGACUGUUGUCGGCACAGACUGGAUCUGCUAUAGUUUCUUUUAUGUUGGUGAGACGUUGGUGAAUCUGCUGCCCUCUAGUGCCUGCACUGCAGAAUGGUAUUUCUCACCACGCUGACGAGAAGAGACCAGGAUCCCGUCAGAGCCUGGGAACCUGACGGGUCCUGGUCUUAGGACAGAGAGCAGCAGAGAGCCGAGGGGGAAACAUCAUCUGUGUCCUGAAAGCAUCCACUGCAGGUUCUGAUUCUGCAGAACCAUGGCACCCUCCAGUGACCAGACGGGGUUUGUCGUGUUGCUGCUGUGCGUCGUCUUCUGUCUCUGCCAAGAAGAAUAUUCUGGAAACCAGUCAGGUGAGGAUCACACCUUUGAAGGCUCCGUCGUCGUCGACGCCUACAACAACAUGGCCUCACGUGCACCAGAGACGACGCGCCACCAUGAAGGGGGGCAGAGACCCGAGGAGGGCGACUAUGACCCGUACACGCCGGUCAUCCCCACCCAGGUCACCAUGAUCACAGAGGACACCGUCCCUUACGUGACCAUCGCCGAGUCCCACUACGCCAAAGAGGACACGGAGAUGAUGCAGUUUCCCAUCACGGAUUCGUCGGAGGAGUCCGGGGGCGACGCGGCGCUCGGAGGGGAGGGGCCGACGGACUGUGACUGUGAACCUGGAGAACCGGGAUUCGCUGGUUUCGCUGGACCAAAGGGAUCCAGAGGUCUGCAGGGUAAAGCUGGUCGACCAGGAAGUCAAGGCAGAGACGGUUAUAAAGGAACCAAAGGAGUUCAGGGAAGAGGAGGCGACGCCGGACCAGUGGGUGACGCUGGGCCUGAUGGAGAUGAUGGAGCUUCUGGUUUCUCUGGCGCCAUGGGAGAACCUGGACUUCCAGGUGAUCCAGGCGAGCGUGGAGAGCUGGGUCUGAAGGGCGACGUCGGCAUGGAGGGACCUCGAGGAGGAGGCGGAGCUCGUGGUGAGACUGGUCGUCAUGGUGAUGCUGGACCUACAGGACCAAAGGGAGGUAAAGGUAUCAAGGGAUCCCGUGGUGAUGAAGGCAAACAUGGUCCACAGGGACGAGACGGACAGAAGGGUCAGAGUGGAGCUCCAGGGUUUCCAGGAGACGUGGGUGACAGAGGCUACACUGGUUACCCCGGACAGCCAGGGGGUGUCGGACCCAGUGGACCAAAGGGUGGUAAAGGUGUGGACGGUGAGCGAGGCAGUGACGGUGACUCUGGUGAAGAUGGUCCAAUUGGAGUCCCGGGGCUAAUGGGAGAGCCUGGCCCAUUUGGUGCUAAGGGGAACAAAGGGGACAGUGGCGUGAGAGGUCCACGAGGCAGAGGGGGCGCUGUGGGAGGAGCAGGAGAGCAAGGAGAUGCAGGAGUGCCAGGCAAACCAGGACCUGAAGGCCUGCAGGGCCAGCUGGGAGCAAAAGGAGAGACAGGACCCGGUGGUGAUCAGGGAUCGGACGGCAAGAGAGGCAUUAAAGGGGCCAAAGGUCAAAAGGGAAACGUGGGCGGGCGAGGCGACAAAGGACAGCGUGGACUGAAGGGUGCGGCUGGUCGUGAUGGAGUCUCUGGACCCGUGGGUCCACCGGGACUCCCAGGAACCAGAGGAGAGCUCGGUCCGAGUGGCGACGGGGGCCUUAAAGGCCGAGCAGGACAAAAAGGAGUCCAAGGUCCCUCAGGUCCCGGUCUCAGUGACGAGCAGGUCCUGCAGCUGUGCCGCGGCGUGGUGACGGCCCAGAUCUCGCAGUACGCCGCCUCCAUCCGGACCAAGUGCUCACAGGGCUGCCCCGUCAACAACCGCACGCUCAUCGGGCCCCCGGGGGUCAGAGGUCAACCAGGCUCACCGGGCAAACCUGGAAAAGCAGGAAAAGCUGGAGUGAAAGGAUCCAGAGGAGUUCAGGGCGAUCGAGGACUGCAGGGACAGAGCGGAGCUCAGGGAGAGAGAGGUCAAAAAGGAUCUAAUGGUGUCGCAGGUGAUCCAGGUAAAGGACUUCCAGGACCUGACGGACCACAAGGCCUCACAGGUUUCCCGGGUCACCCAGCAGAACCCAGGAACGGCGUGGACGGUCCCCGCGGUUCUCGUGGGUUCCCCGGAGCGCCGGGUCCACGCGGCGCGCUCGGGAUCGCCGGCGUUCCAGGAUUCUGCGAGGCGCGGGACUGCGGCAUCUACGCCGCGGUGACGCGUAAAGAGCAGGGUCUGGUGAAAGGACCGGUCAGUGCAACAGUCUGAACACGGGACACGCAGUCAGAGCGCCACCUGCUGGAGAGGUCCGGUCCAGCGCAGUCAGAGUAAGACUGGAAGGAAACGAGCGUCACGUUUCACGACCUCGUGGAGAAUCUGAGACUUUUGCACAGUUUCAGGAAAACGUUGAACAAGGAUGUUUUUUAUCUCCCAACAGUUUUGUUGUAUCUUGAUUUUUGAUUUUAAAGAGUAAACAAACCCUCGCUUAGUUCAGUUUGAAUCUAAAAGCCCAAAUUACAAAAAAGAAAAACUAAAUGUCAUGUAAAUAUUUUGUAAAGUGUAUCAAAUACAUGUUUAAUAUGUUCUAAUAAAUUGUGUGAUGUUG